CUUUGAUGUAUGUUUCCAGAAUGCAAUAGUUGGUUUCACAAUUUGUUCCACAAUCUUAUUAAACUAGUGUUUUCUGCAUAUCAACCCUAACAGUUGCAGUAAGUAUGCAUGACUAUGGAUUCAUUUAAUUAAUGUUCUCUUAGUUUUCUGUCUUUUAAGUAUUAACAAACUCAGUAUUUCCAAUUUCUCAAUCUAUUUAAGUCCCAUAUCAUUGGUUCCACUCUAGUAAUUCUGCUUUUGCAACAUCUUCAAGGCCUUGACAUUCUUCCUAGCACAUAGUCAUAGUACUCACUAUUAAUGACCCCAGCUGGGGCCUUACCAUUAUUUUAUAAAGGUUAACCUGGUUGCUGUUCUAUGUUCCCACAGAGUAUUUUUUUCAAAAACAGCUUUCAUAAAGCCUUCAAAUAAUCAUGCAUGUACAUUCCCACAGUUCCUAUAUGCCUCUUAAAAUUAUUCAUUUUUUCUUCUCAUUUGUACACUCUAUGUUCCUUGACAGUCUCUCUCUGCUUUUAUUUUCUACAAGUUAUUAACUUAACAUUUCGUGACACCUAAACAGAAGUGAAGGCAAGACUAUUGAAAUGCACUCUCUUGUUAACAAAAGAAUAUAAAAAAGAACUAGGUGCAGAGGGAAAAAGAAAUAUUUUUAAAAUAGCUGACCAAAGAACUGAAAAAAUCCUAGUAUAUUGCAUUUACUAUUCAGGCUCAGAAUGCACAAUUUGAGUUUUAAAAGAUUCAUUUAGAACAUUUAUUAAAAAGUGGUUAAAACUAAUUCCACAACUUUUUAAUUCAUGGAUUCUGCAAUGAAAACAACAGGGAAUAUUCAGCAGGGUCAGGCAGCAUCCAUAGACAGAGAAACCGAUUCAGCAUCUCAGGCUGAUACUUCAUCAUAUUACAUCUCAGAAAUAGUAGAGGGGAGAUAGGCACAAUUUGUAGUGUUGUAUGUUGCAAGUCGGUGGAGAAAACUUGUUAAUUGCAGCUGAUCUAUCUGGAGGAGAUGUAAAUAGACGGAGAUAAUGAGAAGUUCGAAAACCCAUAAUGCUUUUAGUGAAAGAAACAAACUACAGUUCCAAAAAUUUGAAUAUUCAGCACAUUAUGCACCAUGCAAGGAGAGAGAAAAAGAAAGUUAAUGUUAAAUGUUAAGAGAAUUGCAUCAGAAUUAAACAGUUGAGUGUUGCAACACACCCUUGCUUUUAGUCUUCAAUGGAAAAGUGUAAGGGAUCAAAGACUAAAAGGUUAGAGUUAGAGGAGGAUGAAAAAUAAAAGUGACAGAAUCAGAGGCAGGAUCAGGGUAUGCAGGCAGAAUGAACAGAAAGAUUCUGCAUCACUAAAUAUAUUUGGUUUCCCCAAGUCAAAAACGACCUUAUUGUGAGCACCAAAUACACAGUAUUUUAAAUUGGAAGUAGUACAGCACAUCACUGUUUCAACAUGAAAGGGAUGUGUGGGCCUAGGAUGAUGUAAACUGAUAGGUAAAAGGGCAUGUUCUGCAUUUCCUGUGGUUAGAUUGAGAAACAUCAUGAGAAGGGGAACAGGCAUUGGUGGUGGUGGAAGAGUAAACCAGGGAGCUACAUAGGACCAGUAUCUGCAAUGUUGAAGAGACAGGGGAAAAGAUGACUGAUGUUAUAAUAACAUUGAAGAGAAUGAAAAUAACCUAAGGAGAUUGACUGAGAUAGAAGCUGGCGAGCUAGAAGGUGAUGAUAAGAAUAAACCUGUCAUUGCUUUGGGAAAGUAAAGGAGUGACAACAAAAAGGGAAAAAAAAGAACUCAUGCCAUUUUUGAAUGUAUUAUACUUGAACUAUUAUGCUAUAACGAAGGAUGCCAUGAGAUGGAAAGGGUGUAAAAAAGAUUCACAAGAAUGUUAUUGGGCCUAGAGGGGUUGAGUUAAAAGGAAGCUGAAUAGGCUGGGAUUUCUUUCUCUGGAACAUUGAAGGCUGAGGUAUUUUAUUUUAUUUAGAGUUACAGCCCUUCGAGCCGCACCACUUAGCAAGUCUCGACAACCCCUGAUUUAAUCCUAACCUAAUCAUGGAACAUUUACAAUGACCAAGUAGCCUACUAACCGGUACAACUUUGGACUGUAGGAGGAAACUGGAACACCCAGAGAAAACCCACACAUUCCACAGAGAGGACAUAGAAACUCUUUACAAACGACGGCAGAAUUGAACUCUAAACUCUGACACCCUAGGCUGUAAUAGUGUCACUGUAACCACAACACUAUUGUAGCACCCUCAGAGGUAUAUAAAAUCAUGAUGAGUAUAGAUGAGGUGGAUGGUUACAGUCUUUCUCUCAGGGUAGGGGAGCCUAAAACUAGAAAAUAAAGAUCUAAGGUGAGAGGGGAACGAUUUCAAAGAGGCCUGCGGGGCAACAUGUUACACAACAGGUAAUGGGUAUUUGGAGCAAACUGCAGAGGAAGCUGUAGAGAUGAUUAUGAUUACCAUGUUUAAAAGGCAUACAGACAAAUACAUGAAUAGAAAAGAGAAAUAUGGGCCAAAUGCAGGCUAGUGAGACAAGCUUGGAUAGACAUCUUAGUUGGCUUGGAUGAGUUGAGCUGAAUGGCCUGUUUGUGUGCUGUAUAACUUAAUGACUCUAUGACAACCAAGGCUGUAUCAAUACUAGGAAACAAAAAUAAGGUGGGGGGGAAAAAAGAUGUCAGCACUAAAGUGUCAUCAUUAGAACAUCUAUGACGGACCCAGAAAACUGUGAUAAUGUAAUGCAGUGCAUAUAGGAAGCAGGGUGAGAGGAAAUGCAGUCAAGUUAUGGAAGUAUUGCAAUGGAUGUUGGUUGCUAAUCCAAGAUAGAGGCAAAUGAUUCUUAAAAGGGAAGGGAAGAGUCAGACAUGAGAAUGAGAGUAUGGUGGAAAGUAUUAGCAGAGGUGAUGAAAUUUUCACAUUUUGUAUGUGAGCAGGAAGAAGCAGCUAGACAGUUCAGAGGUAGUUAUUCACCAUAAGGAACAAACAUUUCAUUCCCACCAUGAAGCUAUAGCUACUGCAUCAUAUACUGUGUCUGCUGUACUACAUAAAAUACCUGCAACAAAAGCACCAAUAGAUCUUGAAGCUAAUGCAUGUAAUUGGGAAUUAGAAUGCUCACCUGUAUAUUCAAAUCCACCUAUGGUUUGCUCCUCCUUAUUGCUUUGACCUCCUGCCCUGAAAUUCUCCAAUUCUACAUAUACUAGAUACUACUUAUGCUACUAUAAUUUCACAUAGGUCUUAAGCCUUCAGUCCAUAAAUCUCUUCCUUCUUCUAUUUUCAGUGUUGGCCAUGGUUCAUCUGUUUGGAACAUCACCACUACUAGAAGCUACUACAGAGGUCUGAGCACAACAUCUAGGCUGACAUUUACAAUGCACUGAUAGGAAUAUAGGCUACAUUAAACUAAGGCUUCAUUUUCCUGGUCAAGUGGACAAAACAUCUGACAACAUAAUUUAAAAACUAACAAGAGAUUUAUUCCUUGUGUUAUGGCCAACAUUUCCCCCUCUUUAGGAGCAAAUCAAUUGCCCUUCUUCCUAUUUAAGAGCAGUUAAUAUGCUUCAAAACAUUAUUGACUAAAAGAAACUUCGGUAAUUCUAUGGUACACAAAUGAUGUUAUAAUAUGCAUUCCCUUUCUUCAGAAAAACAAACAGCUGAGCUUUCUUAACAAAGAUCCUUUGGUUUCAAUGGUUUAGCAUCAAUGUCACUAUAACUGAUCACUGAAGCUUUCCAUUACAUUUCCCACUUGUGAUGAUAUCACUCUGGGACAAUUAAUAUGACUGAAUAAAAAUAUCAAAUAAAUAAUUAUUAUAUAUGUUCUGGAAGUUUUUAUUAAAUGAAUGCAAAUUUAUUAUUGUGCAAUAUUGAACAAAUUGGGUACCAAUCAGAAUAAGCAAGAAGAGGGCCAUCUUUCUGGGCUGAAAGAAAGUGUUCAACGAAGCAGUUACCCAAUUUGUUGCUGAUUUCUUUAAUUUGGCAUUAACCAAAUGUAAUGAGUGCACUUUCAGAAGUGAGGCACUAUUUCACCUGGAAGAAUUAUUUAGGGGUUUCUGAAUGAUAGGAAGGGAAAAAGUUAAAUCACAAGCAUUGCAAUUUUUGCAGUUGUGAGGGAAGUUACCAUGUAAAAGAAAGUAGGGGUUGGCGGAGAUGAAAGUGUAAAUCAGGGAACUGUGGAAUGUACAGUUUACUUAAUACUGAAAGGGAAGGAAAAAUACAGGUUAAAAAUAGUAGAGGGACUUACUGCUGGCUGUGGAUGGAAUAACAGCAUUUUAUAGCUGCUCCUAGUUUACUUUUUUUGCUUUCCAACCUGAUUUGAUACUAUGACUACAAGAACUGCUAAAGGUAAAAAAGAUUCUUCUACAUUUUUGGAUACUAUUAUCAAAUUGCUGCAAAAGCACAGAAAAGAAGCGUCCGAGGAAUUUCUGCGAUUCAGAAAAGAAUCCUCCAAGGAAUUUCAGGGAUUUAGAAAGGAAUCCUCCAAAGAGUUUCAACAACUUGGCUCUGAAAUUAAACAAUUAAGUACAAAACUGAAUUCUAUUCAAGAAACCUUAACUGAGCACGAUAAACGAAUCAAAGAGAAUGAAGAAGUCCUGUCGAUUCUGGAUGAGAAAAUGGACGACUUGCAAGAGCGUUAUGAAAAACAAUCCAAGGAUAAUGAUGAACUAAGACAGAAGAUUACUGAUGUAGAAAACAGAAGUAGAAGGAAUAAAGUACGAAUUCUUGGUCUCGAAGAGUUAACUAAAGGUGAUCAUCCUACGGAAUUUUUUGCAAACUUUUUGGUUCGGUUAUUUCCUCAUAUUUUAAAAUCGGCACCAAUGAUCAACCAAGCGCACAGAGUACCUGGGAACAGGACAUUUGCAAGCAAACCUCGUUCAGUAAUAAUCUGUUUUCAUGAGUUUCAAACAAAGGACCGUAUAAUUCGUGAAUCUUGUCGGAAAGGUAUGAUUGAUUAUAAUGGUAAGAAGAUUAGAAUUGUUGAAGAUUUCUCGGCAGAGAUCAUGACGGAGCAUGCUAAGUUUAAAAGUGUCAUGCUAGAGCUUGACAACAAGGAUUUUAAACCUUGGUAUCCAGUGAAGCUCAGAAUUACACUGCAGGAUGGAUUGCCGAAAUGGUUCCGUUCAAGUCUCCAGGCCCAGAAAUUUUUAGAAAAUCAACAAAAAUAUUGGAAAAGAAAGAAAAAUGGUAGAAAUUAUGAAGAUGAUCAUGUUAAUGCAGAACCUGGUAGGAUAGAAGUUGGGAAUCCGAAGCUUGUUCUGGAGGGGAUUUGACGGAAAUGCUGGAAACACUCAGCAUGACAAGCAGAACCUAUGGAAAGAGAAGAAGCUGAAACAUUAACUGCUUUUAAUUUAGAUUUCCAAUGUUACAUAACCGGCAACAAUGAAUAUCAAUCCAGACAGGUUAUAUAAAAACAACCAAACAUUUAUUAAACACGGAUAAACGAUAAAAACAAAAACACACUAAAACUUUAACCGGAAGUUAACCGAUAUGCAGCCGUUCAACAAAUCGUCACUCGGCACUGGUUCUUAAAGUGUUAAAUGCGAAAACAAUUCUUAAAGCGAUAAAGUCAGAUAUAGUUCUUAAAAUGGUAAAUUUGAAAGUCCAACAGAUUUAUACGUUCAAUUGGAAGAGACUUCUCUGGAGAAGGAUUUCUUCAUAGGCGCGACUUUCCUGCUGGUUCUGUCCACAGGAUUCGCGAUGCAGUAAAUAAACAGUUUGAAACAACUGACCUUAAAGUCUGUUAGAGAAAGCAAACCUUUGCAUGAACUCUUUUCUCUUUUGGCAAGAGUUAUCUUGAUGCAGGUCGCUACUCCUCCAACGAAGACUCAGUAAGGUCAAUCCUUUGUUAAACUGCCGAACAAUGCCGAAUCCUCUCAAUCCUUCGGUCCUGUACUUCGAUAAAGUUUUCACUCUCCCUUCUACUGCUGAAAUAGGGUAAAUCAGCACAUCUAGCCAAGAAUUUCCAGUCCAAUUAUAUUGUAUCUUGCAACAGAACGCAACACUCCGUUUUGAAAAUGAAACUGUGCCACAAAAACAAACGCAACAGAAACGGAGACACAGCAUGUUCUACCUGGAAAUCUGCAAACUAAAAACUAACUGCGUCAUCUGGGGUCUUCCCUUAUAUACCCAUGGUGCACAUGUCAUCAUGUGACCUCACAUCGGUGGGAAAAUCACAUCAGGUGACCUCCAAAAGACCAUUACAUCAUUCUCACAGAAAAAAACAGACCUCCUUGAGGCAUGUAACACCAAUAUCUGAUUUUGUUCUGCUUUUAUUACUUUCUCUAAUAAAUCUGUGAUUUUACUUUCAAAAGUAUCUGGAAUAUAUAUGUGUAAAUUACAAAGGAUUAAAUCUGAUAGGAAUAAAGAUACCAAUGCUGGAAAUAAUGCUAUUUUAUGAACUUUGUUUUUUUUGCUUCUCACGUUUCUCCUGAAUUGUACACAUUCAUCAGUCAAAUAAGUCAACAGUGAUUAACAUCCCAUAAUAUACAAAGUAUCUAAUAAUUAUGUCAAUAACAAAUUUUUUAGUGUACUUGCAUAUAAGACCAUAAGACAAAGGAGCGGAAGUUGGCCCAUCGAGUCUGCCCCGCCAUUUAGUCCCACUCCCCCGCCUUCUCACCAUAACCUUUGAUACCCUGGCUACUCAGAUACCUAUCAAUCUCUGCCCUAAAUACACCCAAUGACUUGACCUCCACUGCCGCCCGUGGCAACAAAUUCCACAGAUUCACCAUCCUCUGGCUAAAAAAAUUUCUUUGCAUCUCUGUUCUGAAUGGGCGCCCUUCAAUCCUUAAGUCAUGUCCUCUUGUGCUAGACUCCCCCACCAUGGGAAACAACUUUGCCACAGCCACUCUGUCCAUGCCUUUCAACAUUCGAAAUGUUUCUAUGAGGUCCCCCCUCAUUCUUCUAAACUCCAAGGAGUACAGUCUAAGAGCGGUCAAACAUUCCUCAUAUGUUAACCCUCUCUUUCCCGGAAUCAUUCUAGUGAAUCUCCUCUGAACCCUCUCCAACAUCAGCACAUCCUUUCUUAAAUAAGGAGCCUAAAACUGCACACAGUACUCCAAGUGAGGUCUCACCAGCGCCUUAUAGAGCCUCAACAUCACAUCCCUGCUCCUAUACUCUAUUCCUCUAGAAAUGAAUGCCAACAUUGCACUCACCUUCUUCACCACCGACUCAGCAUGGAGGUUAACUUUAAGGGUAUCCUGCAUGAGGACUCCCAAGUCCCGUUGCAUCUCAGAACUUUGAAUUCUCUCCCCAUUUAAAUAAUAGUCGGCCCGUUUAUUUUUUCUACCAAAGUGUAUAACCAUACACUUUCCAACAUUGUAUUUCAUUUGCUACUUCUCUGCCCAUUCUACCAAUCUAUUCAAGUCUCUCUGCAGACUCUAUUUCCUCAGCACUACUGGCCCCUCCACCUAUGUUUGUAUCAUCAGCAAACUUAGCCACAACCCAUCUAUUCCAUAAUCCAAAUCAUUGAUGUACAACGUAAAAAGAAGCGUCCCCAACACGGACCCCUGUGGAAUACCACUGGUAACCCGGCAGCCAAACAGAAUCGGAUCCCUUUAUUCCCACCCUCUGUUUCCUGCCAAUCAGCCAACGCUCUAUCCAUGUAUGUAACUUUCCCGUCAUUCCAUGGGCUCUUAUCUUGUUUAGCAGUCUCAUGUGCAGCACCUUGUCAAAAGCCUUCUGAAAAUCCAAAUACACAAUAUCCACUGCAUCUCCCUCGUCUAGCCUACUUGUAAUUUCCUCAAAAAAUUGCAAUAGGUUUGUCAGGCAGGAUUUUCCUUUAAGGAAACCAUGCUGAGUUCUGCCUAUCUUGUCACAUGCCUCCAGGUACUCUGUAACCUCAUCCUUGACAAUCGACUCCAACAACUUCCCAACCACCAAUGUCAAGCUAACAGGUUUAUAAUUUCCUUUUGCUUCGUUGCCCCCUUCUUAAAUAGCGGAGUGACAUUUGCAAUCUUCCAGUCCUCCGGAACCAUGCUAGAAUCUAUCCACUUUUGAAAGAUCAAUGCUAAUGCCUCUGCAAUCUCCACAGCUACUUCCUUCAGAACACGACUCUUGACUAUUCAGCUUCCUGAGUACUUUCUCUGUCGCAAUUGUGACUGCGCACACUUCUCUUCCCUGACACCCUUGAGUGUCCGGUAUACCGAUGUCUUCCUCAGUGAAGACUGAUGCAAAAUACUCGUUCAGUUCCUCCACCAUCUCCUUAUCUCCCAUUACAAUUUCUCCAGCAUCAUUUUCUAUCGGUCCUAUAUCUACUCUCACCUGUCUUUUUCUCUUUAUAUACUUGAAAAAGCUUUUAGUAUCCUCUUUGAUAUUAUUUGCUACCUUUCUUUCAUAGUUCAUCUUUUCCCUCUUAAUGACCUUCUUAGUUUCCUUUUGUAAGCUUUUAAAAACUUCCCAGUCCUCUGUCUUCCCACUAAUUUUUGUUUCCUUGUAUGUCCUCUCCUUUGCUUUAACUUUGGCUUUGACUUCUCAUCAGCCACGGUUGCAUCCUUUUUCCAUUCGAAAAUUUCUUCUUUUUUGGAAUAUAUCUGCCUUGCACCUUCCUCACUUCUCGCAUAAACUCCAGCCACUGCUGCUCUGCCAUCCUUCCCCCAGUGUCCCUUUCCAGCCAACUUUGGCCAGUUCCUCUCUCAUGCCACUGUAAUUUCCUUCACUCCACUGAAAUACCGACACAUCGGAUUUUGGCUUCUCUUUCUCAAAUUUCACAGUGAACUCAGGAGGGAAGAGAAGAUGGCGGUGCGACACAGCACGCGCGGCCGUUUCGAAUGAUAUCGAUAUGUGUUAACUAGGGAGCCGUGCACAAUCCUCAUUUGAUGGAGACAGCCGUGAGAAGCACGGAGGAACACCUGGAGAAACUUCGGAAAUGCCCACUUCGCUGUCGCUGCUACCGUGCGAUCGAGAAUCUCCGGAGGGGAAGGCCCCAAAUCCUCGGCUUUGCCUAUUGCCGGGGCCGGGAUCAAAGCGCUCAGCAGAGAUGGUGCUCAGUGUUAGAGAGCUGGUCGGAGGCUUGGAGUUUUUGGACGGACUCGGAGUCGGACUGUGGUCGGAUGCUUCCAGGAUGCUGCAUUGGCAAGUUUGCGGCGCUGGAGGUUCACCGUCUGCGUGAGAUGAUGGGACUUUCGAGAGACUUUGAGACGUUUACGUGCCCAUAGUCUGUUCUUAUCAAAUUACUGUAUUGCUUUGCACUGUUGUAACUAUAUGUUAUAAUUAUGUGGUUUUUGUCAGUUUUUCAGUUGGUUUGUCAUGUGUUUCUGUGAUAUCAUUCUGGAAAAACAUUGUAUCAUUUCUUAAUGCAUGCAUUACUAAAUGACAAUAAAAGAGGACUGCGUGUCCUCAUAAUCUAAUCUACUCAUGUUAUGAUCACUGCCUCCUAAGGGAUCCUGCACCUCAAUCUCUCUAAUCACCUCUGGUUCAUUACAUAAUACCCAAUCCAGUACAGCCUAUCCCCUAGAGGGCUCAGCAACAAGCUGUUCUAAAAAGUCAUCUUGUAGACAUUCUACAAAUAUAGGUCUCUAUAUUCUUGCAGAGCAGGGAACAUGCCUUUUCAUUAUAAAGUUGAUACUGGCACUUGACCCUAUUUGGUUAUGGAAGGAGCAUUUUCACCAAAAUAACUGUAUAACUUAAAAGCAUAAAUUACUAGUGUGGUUUACAUAAAAUUUAUUUUCAGAAAGGCAAGGAGUGAUGAAAUCAAACUCAAAAGAUUGAUUAAAUAUUGAAUCAUGUAGAGCAAGACUAUUUUCACUCAUAGAGGAAUUCACAUUUCUAGAGAAAAUAAUUAGCCUACUUAA